AGACAUAGACGACCAGAAAACUUGAAAAAGAAAAGAGUUUGUCGAGCAGCAUUAGAUCAAAAGACGGCGAAGGGGGUUUCCCAGAAAGCGCUUCACACACUCACGCACACACACACAGCGCGCUGUCGUCGGCGCCCCCUCGUUUUUAUUAUUAUUUCGCUUUGUUUUGCUGCCGCUGUAGAUCCAUCUCUUUUCUUUUCUCUUCUCGCUUGUCUUCUUCGAAAAAAUUGCGCCUCUUUGCCGUGCGUUCGCAUUCAACAGGUGCGAGCCGUCCUGUCUUCCGCAAAUAUCGUUUUAACACUUUCCUUUCCCGUUCGCUGUGGUCACCCCCUCCUCUUCGUAAAUGUGCUCUGUCAGCUCUUUUGUGAAGCCAAAAAUAUAUAUAUAUAUAAUAACUGAAUAAUUGGACGUUGGUAGCUCCUGUUUAGUCUUCUGCGUUCACAGUUUGUGGAUUUCCUUUUCUUCUUUUCAUUGGAGCGUUCAGUGGUGCAGCUGUGCACACGCACACACACGCACUCAUACAAAUAUACAGACAUUCGAACCCGGUAGUUCUUUCUCCCCUUGGGGGAACAGGUCAGAAGAGAGGUGAUCGAGAGGGGCGACACUGUCAUCUCUUUUGUCUCGUUCUUCAUCAUAUCGAUUCCUUUUUUCCCCUCGCCUUUUUGUUUUUUUUCUGGCUACAGCUCCCGCUUCGACGAUAUCCUGAAAGGGGCUGCUGGAUCUUCUUCUUUCUUACCUUUGCCCUCGUUUUUUUUUCCUUUUGUUUUCUCCUUCUCUUGUUCCGAGUACUUACAUCGAGUUGCGUAGCGUUGCUGAUUUGCUUUUUUCCCUCCUUUGCUUUUUCUUGGUGGUGUUCGAACCCGCCUGACUUCCGAAUCCGCAACACAUCGGUCUCUGUGCUUUCGUUGCUCUCGUGGAAUCCUCCUGCCCCCCUCCCUUCAACGUAUAUAUAUAUAUAUAUAUAUAUCUUGGUAUACAUACAUACACAUUGGCUUCCUCUCUUCUUUCCUUUUUUGUAGAUUUCGUUUUUACUGUUCUCUCCGUCUUUCUUUUCCCUUUUGACUUUUAAAAGAACCCUCAAAAGUAGUUAACUUUACAAAAGGAGGUGUUUUUAACGUCUGUGUGAAUAAUAACGGUGGGUUGGAGUACGAGAGGAAUCGCGCGGAGUUCUUUGCAACGGCGAAGCCUUCGUUGCGAAGGCAACCAUACCGAAGGCACAUACAUAUAUACAGCUAUAUACACACCAACUCACGACUAAAAAUACUUCCUUUUUUUUUUUAAGAAUCAGGAGAGAUCACAACGCCAGGCUACAUAUAUAUAUUGUAGCUUCUUUACCUGUUUUUUUUUUUUUCAUUGUCCAGGUGUGUCGUCGAUUGCGCUCUGUCAGCCGAAUCCACACAGCACAUAGGGUUGUUGAGCGGCGACCUUGACAGUAAAAAAAAAAAGAAAGAAAAAAGAAGACCGAGCAAGGGCGCGCGUAUAUGUAUCGAAUUACCCUCACUGCUCUGAUCAUCCCUUUUCCCCUUUUCCCGAUAGUGUUUCGUUUUCUGUUUUCGCCGUCUAACUCUUUUCCUCGUGAUCUCAACAACAACAAAAGUUUUUUUUUUCUUUCUCUGUUUAAAUAAUACUUUUCUUUUAGCGUGCCGUGCUGGAGUGCAUCUACCAAAGUGGGCACCUUGACUUCUCUCUUUUUUCCACCGCGGGACUUUUCCACCCUGUCGUCCGAUCCACACCUUUUACGGAGGUAAAAAGAGGAAAGGAAUUGUCUCUGCGUGUAUACACGCCUACUUCUCUGCCGUUUUGUCUUUUUCCUUUUUUUUGCGUUCUUCAGCAUCGCAGCUUGCAGCUGCAAUACAUCACUAAAAGAAAAAGCAAAGCCUACUGCCCGACAAAAACAGCUGCAACAACGCCUCAUAUAUAUAGAAGCGUAAGUUUCGUUGACUAAUAUGAAUAAUAAAAAGAAUAGAGUUGAAAGGCAUCUUGAACAUUACGCGACGAUAGUAUCCCUUUUUAUUUCCUCCUAAAUCGUCUUUUGUUUUUAUUCGUGCCUUUUCUGAUUUUCUUUUGAGUUGAACGCGUCUUUUCCCUCCCUUUUUUUUUGGUUAUUUCGAGCCGAUGCACCAAAGGUACCGCACAGACAACGUCCACGAGUCGCUCCCGGGAGGCAUCCCGCCGCCGUCACCGCCGCCUCCACCUCAGCGAACUCCGCCGUCCGCCUCGCUGAUCACUCCACGUACGCUCUCCACCCCUCCGACGCCUCGCCUUCACUGCCCAACCGCACCGGCGCGGAGCUCGCUACGGAGCAAACGACUACCACAACAGACACCGCAGCAACAGAGACAACACCAGAAGAAGGACGGUGAUGCGCCGGUGGCUUCUGCUCGUGCACCGACGUGUCAGAACGACUUUACCUCCACGUCCGAGGUGUUGUCGGGGGCGUUGAGCGCUUCUGCGGACGGCGGCGCUGCUGCUGCUGCUGCUGUGCAAGUCUGCACGCCGCCGCUGUCUUCUUCUAGCGCUCGUUGGGCCUCUGUUGCCACGCUGGAUCUUCCGGCAGCGGAGCCGUCGUCGAUGACACAAACCGGCGGGACAACAACUGUCGCUACUACAACGCAGAUGGGGGGGACACCGUCACGCACCUUCGCCAGCACGACACCGUUCGCAUCACCACCACCGCAGCGGCAGCCGCACGCAUCAGCCGCUGCUGCGCCGUCGGCCCCAUCCACGCCUCUGUCAGCGCGGCGUCGUCAGUGGACUUCGCCACCGCCGUCGCAGGCGCUGCUGCCGUCGUGGGUACACGCUUUCUGCGACCACCUCAGCGGGCGUCUACCCGCCCCCCCCGCGCAGGUGUUCCGGGCAGCCCCUGCGUACGCGGCGGGUGCGCGGGGCGGCGGCAGAGACGGCGGUGGGGAGGUGGCAUCGCUGCGCGUCGAGGGCAACGAGUCGCUUCGCAGCUUGUCCCCCUCGUCACCGCAGCCUCCCUUCACACGUGAAAGGCAGCUGCGCUUCACCGUGAACAACGACGACGACGAAGGGACGUAUGGGAGGUCCUUCCCACAACCGGCGCACAGCAGCAGCAGCAGCGACAGCACACCGACGCACAACCGCACCGGCGUCGUACCGCCUUUCUCCUCCUCCCCCACAUCCUUCAAUGGAAGCUUGUACGCCGUGGAUGAUCGACGCACCACUGCAGACGCGCUCCUCUGCACCUUUGCCAGCGCCAGAGCGGUGCAGCAGCGGUGGGCGGCCCCGCACUUGCUUCUUUCCAAUCGUACAGAGGAGCUGUCCCGGCAGGCAACGGUCGACGUGGCGGGGAGCUCCGUCUCGCUCGUGGCGGAGGCGGCGGAUCGUCAAGUAGACGCACCCGCUCACGCGUCGUUGUUCGGCGCCGUCCGCUCGACACCGCGGCGACGUGGCUGGCGGCUGGAGCGGGCGGUGCAACCACCAUCGUUGCACGCGAUGGGUGAUGACACGACGGAGAAGCGCGCGCGUGCCUCCCUCUACGCGGCGGACCAGAUGGGUAAAUCAGAGUCGCUCGUCUGCCCUCCACCGACGGGACGCUAA